AUGCAGCGCUAUGCUCGAUCGGUCAUCGUGACCGUGGCGACUCUGACACCGCUGACAGCUUUGGCUACCGGGGAAGCAGCUAAACACUACGAUGACAGCAACAAAGGCGUCUACGCUAAGCAGCAGCUACUGCGGUGGAGUCGGAGCUUUGCGGGCAAGAAAAUCGCGAGUCGCGAAUCUUCCGAGUCGGGAGCCGUUGACGCGUCCGCUUGGCUGGGCCCCGCACCGCCCAAGGUCCCGUACUUGCUCUCUAUAUCGACCGGUGAUGACCCUGCAGUGGUGCUGAACACACUGUUAGAAGGCGCCAAGGUGCUGGGGUCUUACGAGGAGCGAGCGUGCGAGACGCUCGCGCGAUUUACUAGACCAACUUCACCUUUUCAGCUCUGUAUACACAAAAUCGCGACUCGCUAUGUGACGAUGAAGAAAGUAUUCCAUGGAGAUCUUUCAAUGGGUUUUGGUACUGAAGCUGAUGAUGUUGCGAUGGAUGCGAUGGUACGGGCGUUGCGAGAUCUAAAGUGCAGUGAGGAAGUCGAUGAGAGCAGUAAAGAGCAGAGUGAUUGGAACGGCGCUGGAGAUAGAGAGCUUGCGCAAACCCGGCCUGCUUAUCCGGUGUUUUUGAUCGGAGACUUUGAUGCGCUGGGUGACCUUGAAGCCGAGCGGUGGCUUCGCUGGACGCAUCAAGUUUCGAGCGAAGGCUUAGCUCAUGUUGUGCUCUUAACUUUUGCACCCGUGACACCGUCCAAGGCGCAGUGGCUACAGACGCGGCAUAAAAACGGACUCUUUUCUGCUUUAGAUGGUUCCCAUGAUUUUGUUAGUAUUCUGCUUCGCAUUGCAAAUGGUCAAGUUGACUUCACCUCGGCAGAGGAAAAGCUUUGCAAAGUUGCGGAAAUGUACAAGCUAAGGUUGCUCUGUGACCCUACGACCACAUCCUGGAGUACGGAUCUUAUGAGCGACCAAAACAGUGGAGUUAUAAGCGAGAGUAACAAGUAUGGUGAUGAGAUCGAGAUCAUAUUGACGACGAGUGGGAACUGGUGGAGUGAUAUAAACGAGAUUUGUCGGCGUCUGAAAGAAAACAAUCUGAACGAUGUGACGCAUCCUGAUGCGCGUCUAGCGAUGAUCCAUGAAGUAUGCAACAGCUUUGUGAAAGACACAGAAAGUAGACUAUUGGAAGCAUUGCACUUGGAUAGAAGCCUCGAGCUUCCUCGUAAACUCCACACAAGCAAUGAGUCGGUGUUACCAGCAUCUGUUGGUCGUGCUUCCGACGUCACAGAAACAGAGAAAGUUUUAAGCGCAUUAGGGGCCUGGAAAUGCUUCGAAACACUUACAGGCGUGGUGCCAGUAAGUGGAGGAAGCUCUUUUGUUUGUUCGCCGCAGCAUCUUCUUGAUAGGAAAAGUAAGACGCCUCUCGAUUGUGUGAGCCCAAUAGAUGCCCUGCUGCCGUUUAACUACCGCGAAGGAGGUGAACGCAAGUUUUUGGAUCUGAUUGAUCACCAGCUGCUACUUUUGCGACCGAAAGAUGCUGUCGAGAUCGGAGUCAUUCCCUGCAAGAACGCUGCUUUGAUUGCCCCUUGUUGGAUCCAGACCCGCCCUGUCGUCAAAAAAAUCUUUGAGAAGAUACACAAGAGCGACAUGUUUUACAAAGUCAUAUUGGAGUUCGAUCGCCAUGCUGCAAACGUCGAGAUGCAAAACGAGAUCGAGCAGUACGAACGCGAGAUCGUUGAGCGGCGCAAAUUCUUCUUCGAGAGGAAGAGUGACUUUGCAGUUUUACAGUUUUCAAUGACUCCGGCGGAAAAGGCACAGCGCGAGGCUGAGCUUGCACUUCUUGACGUGGAACUCCAGGCAAAGGAUGUAUAUCUGAAGAAACUUCAGUCAUUACAAACACUGUGA